CAAGGAACUACAUUUUCAAGGCAUUUUCGAAGUCAGGGAAGACUUUGGCUGUGACACUCAAGAUGGCUACCAGACAGGUAGCUGUUGAGAAAAAAAAGGAAGCAGCAAAAGCUAGGCUAUCGAAGUUUAGGGAGAAAAUUUACAGCAAUCCUGAGCUACUUGAGGAGUACAGAAGAAGAGAGAGACAGAGGUAUCAGGAACGUAAGAAAAAUAGAAAAAUAAAGACAACUCGUGAUCUGACCAAAAAGCAACAUGACAAAAAGAAAAAGCAAUGGAGGGAAAACUCAGCCAAAUAUUACAGAAAAAAGAAACAACUUCAAGCACUUCUGGACAUCACCCCAGCGAGUGAGAACGAAAAUUCCUUUCAGCAUGAAGAAAUAAACAGUCAAGAACUCAAAAAUUCAAACAGUGAAUACACUGCAGAACAUAAAUCCUUAACAGAACACAUCCCAGUCACAUCGUUGCUCACCAUCAGUUUAACACCAACAACAGAAGAAAGAUACCUAAACCUGGCUGGACCAGUAGGAGCAUCCACUCCACACACACCACCACCAGAAACAAGAAAAAAAGAAAGAAGAGCAAAACUUGUAAGCAAAUUAAGAUCAAAAUUAAGAUAUGCUGAAGAGAAACUUCAGGAGAAGUCUUGAAGCAAGGAAGAAGACCGGCCAACAGGCCAACUGUAAAUAAUGUGCAAAAGGUCAGGAAAACCAGAGAGGGUUUCCCAACAAUUCCCAACAGCAGCAAGAGGAGGGAAAUGAGAAAACUUGUAAGCCGUUUCCUGCACCAAGAUGAUGUCUCCACUGUUGUCAAUGGGAAAGCUGGAGAGAUAAGGCAAAAGGGACAAAUCUACAGAAAAAGGACCCUGUCUGACACCCUGGGUAAACUUCAUAGAAGAUUUUGUGCUGAGAACCCCGAGCAAUGUGUGUCCAAAGCCCAGUUCUUCAAACUGAGGCCAUUUUGGAUAGUUAGGCCCAAAGUCACAGACAGGGACACAUGUGCUUGCAAAAUGCAUGAGAACUUCGGCCUAAAAAUAAAAAAGUUGCAGCAGCUUGGGGUUCUCAAAACCGCAAACAUGAGAGACAUUGUAGAGUCCAGUGUGUGUGACUCAAACAACAUGUCCUGCAUGUACAGACGAUGCCCGGACUGCAAGGAAAAGACAUUUCUCACAUCACUGGAUCCUUCGACCCAAGGAAACAUUGUUACAUGGCAGGAGUGGGUAACAAGGUCUAUCAGCAUUGCGAAGACUGGCAAAGACGGAUCCAUUGAAAAGAAGGAUGUGAAAAACUUUCCUUGAAAACAAGAACACUUCGAUUGAAAAGCUGGUGGCCAUGACAAUUGAGAAUCUCCCAAAUUUUGCAAUACAUCUAUUUAACAUAAAGCACCAAUUUGUGGCACUCAAAACUUUGAGAGAGACCCUCUCUGAGACUGAUGUGGCAGUACAUGUAGAUUAUAGUGAAAACUACAGCUGCAAAUACUCACGUGAAAUCAAGGAGACACAUUUUGGAGGUGGAAACCAACAAGUAACCCUCCACACUGGAGUAGUCUACCUCAGCAGUGGCAGGGUGGAGUCCUUUGCAUCCAUCUCAAAGUGUCUUCAGCAUGAUGCCAAAGCAACAUGGGCUCACAUUGACCCAGUGAUGAGGAAAAUACGAGAAAAACAUCCAGAUGCCAGAAAUAUUCACUUUAUUUCAGAUGGUCCAACAUCCCAAUAUAGAAACAAGACGUCUUUCUACUUAGCUUCCACAGUGCCUUUCAUGCGAGGAUUUCAGUGGGUGACAUGGAACUUUACAGAGGCUUCCCAUGGUAAAGGUGCACCAGACGGAGUAGGCGGUGCCUUAAAGAAUCUGGCAGAUCGAAUUGUCGCCUAUGGAACAAGCAUUCCAGAUGCAGACACACUCUUUGAGCAGCUGGCAAAGAAUUCUUCUGUGACCCUCUAUAAGGUAUCAGAGGAAGACAUUAAGGCAAGCAAUGAAUUGGUUCCUACACAAUUGAAAUCAGUUCGGGGGACAAUGAAAAUUCAUCAACUUACAUCCACAAAACCUGGAGUCAUCAGCACAAGGGAAGUGUCAUGUUUUUGUGAGAAAGAUUGCCAAUGCUUUUCUCCAUGUGUCCAUACCUUCUCUGAAAGAGAGGAGAGCCCUGAUAACGCUGAAUCUACCAUAGAGGUUGGACAGUGGGUCCUUGUUGAAUAUGAUGCCGAGUUGUUCCCUGGCACAGUCACACAGGCCAACGGGACUUGGAAUAAAACAUUUAAAACUGCUUUGCUUAAUAAUUAUUUUUUACUAGAUUGUUGAUGGACAAUACGAAGUGGACACUAUGAGCUGCGCAGGAGAAAACCGCUUCUUUGUCCCGAGCAUCCGAUUUCCUGGAGAAAGGGUCUGGUACUACCGCAAUGACAUACGGGACAUAAUUCCGGAACCACUUCCUGUUACCUCUUCAGCAAGACACUUUUGUGUUUUGCCUGAAAUAUGGGCAAGACACAGAAAAGUUACACAUCAGUGACUAAAAAUUUUACAAGUCUGAUUGGUCACAGCAGGCAUGCACCACUGGUCUUACGAGCUUGUGGAGUUGGAGUCUCUGAGAGAUCUUUGUUUGAAAUUUGUUGGACAGUUUCCAUUAGUUCAUUGUAUUUGAGAUGUUUUAUUGUUGAGGGUGCUGUAGGCUACAUGAAAUGCUUCUUUUUAUGACCAAAUGUUUGUAGGUUAAAUGUUCAUAGAAAAUAUGAAUUGUUCAUGAAAAAUAGAUAUUGUAUGUUAAAUAUGUAAGUCAUCUGAACCCUUGCUUAUUUGUUAAUGUAUUAAACUGAUUAACUUUGCUAAAUCUCA